CCACUUAGCCACAAUAAGCCAUAAAAACACAAUCUUUAGGAUAUACAGAGAUGGCUCAGUGCACAUCUCCAUCUCUAGCCCCUCUCUGUUUCUUUAUCAUGCUAUACAUUUCUACUUGACUGUAAUGAAUGCAUGCUUUGAAAUUCAUCUUCUUGGGAGAAGAUGACUUCAUAUGAAACAAAUUUUCCAUUAGCUUUAGAUGCUUUGUAUUGUGAGGAGGAACAUUGGGAUAAUGGAGAAGUUGAAAACAGAGACAUAUGUUUCAUAGAAGAAGAGAGCACAUUUCUUGCUGAUUUUAUAAGCUGUAAACGUUCGGUGGUGUUAUUGGAACAUGAUUUGUUUUGGGAAGAUGAGGAGUUUAGUUCUUUGUUGUCUAAAGAGCAGGAAAAUGAACUGUAUAAUGGGAUUCAAGAAAACCAAUCUUUGGCCAGGGCUAGAGGAGAGGCAGUGGAAUGGAUACUUAAGGUCAUUGAAUAUUACUCAUUUUCAGCUCUCACUGCGGUUCUUUCAGUUAACUAUUUGGAUAGGUUUCUCUGUGGCUUUCAGUCACACAGCGAGAAGCCAUGGAUGACUCAAUUAGCAGCAGUGGCCUGUCUUUCUUUGGCUGCAAAAGUUGAGGAGACUCAAGUGCCUCUCCUUUUAGAUUUCCAAGUGGAAGAGUCUAAAUAUGUGUUUGAGGCAAAAACUAUUCAGAGAAUGGAAAUUUUAGUUCUGUCCACACUGCAGUGGAAGAUGAAUCCAGUUACCCCAAUUUCAUUUCUUGAUUACAUAGCAAGGAGGCUGGGAUUAAAGAGCAACUUGUGCUGUGAAUUUCUCAGGAGAUGCGAGUGCUUGCUUCUGUCAAUAAUUUCUGAUUAUAGAUUCUUGUGUUAUCUGCCUUCUAUACUAGCCAAUGCCACAAUGCUGUACGUUAUCAGUAGCUUAGAGCCUUGCAUUGGAGUGGAGUAUCAAGAACAACUAUUAGGCAUUCUUGGAAUCAACAAGGGCAAACUGGAGGAAUGCUGUAGUCUAGUACAGGAGGUGGCAACAAGAAUUCAGUUCCAUUCACUCAACAAAAGAAAAUUUGGAUCAUUCCCAGCGAGUCCCAAAGGGGUUGUGGAUGUUUCAUUUAGCUUUGAUAGCUCCAAUGAUUCAUGGGCAGUGUCUUCAUCAGCAGCUACAUCAGUUUCUUCCUCACCAGAGCCUCUAUCCAAGAAAAUCAAGAAUCUGCACAAUCCAAAUGAAGUGGAUACUUUUUAGCUAUUCCCACCAAGUCUAUGACCCUUCUUCAUUUCCUAAUUUCAUGUCACCAUAUAUAUAUGAUGAUGAUGAUGAUGAUGAUGAUGAAUAAGAUUUUAUCUGUUAUGUAUUAAAUUGCCUACCAUCUUUCUGCUCCAUGGUUAUUAUUGUUCUGUGAAGAUGGUAGGCGUUUUAUCAUCCCGGAUGAAGCCAAGAAUAUGAACAUAGAAUUGCAGAGUAUUUUUAUUUCUAUUUAUGGUUAUCUUUUUAUUUUAAGUA